AUGAAACUCUCUUUGUGGAUCAGCCUCGCUGCCUCUCUGAUUGGCCUCCGUCCGGUUGCCGCUCGGGAUGAUUUCCCCGGAGAUUAUCCCUCGAGCCCCCCGCCUCUUGGCCCUAGUGACUGGGAACGGACACCCGUAUCCGUUUUCUACAAAGUGCUCAACACUCAGCCGGAUCCCGACUAUGAUCUCCUGAAGGAGCUGGUCACCUAUGAUUGUACCUACGUCUCAUUGACGUUCGACAAUCCCACUCUUCAUGGGAUCAUGCCUUGGGCGGGCACACACACCAAUGUUGGUCCGCAGGCCUUCAUCGAUAUCUUCACUCGAGUAGGCCUGUACUGGGACCGUGGCCCAUUCACCAUUGACUAUAUCUUUGGUGAUGGUGGCAAUGUGACCGCCUGGGGCUCAUUCACGGCCACGUCGCGCACGCUAGGCAAGACGGUUAUCUCGCCCUGGGCCGCUCGUGCACAAGUGAAUUCGGCCAACCAGAUCUUCGAAUUCCACUGGAUGGAGGAUACCUUUACCACUGCUUCGUCCUUUGGAUCGGAGAAUAGUACCAAAGUGUUUUAUUCCAACCCACAGGGAGGCAUCACUAAGGCCUAA